AUGUCCAAGAAGCGAAACGGCACGUGCCAAUACGGAAUUGACCCCGCGAUUGUGUGGCGGCGAUUGGGUGCCACAGGAAACACCAUUAUCCACACACUGACGUCGCAGGGCGCCCUCUAUCAGCUGCGCGUUGAUCUAGAGGAUUUCGAAGGCAACUGGGUCUUCGCUUUGUACGACAGUUUUGUACUCGAGUCUGAAGACAAUUACUUCCAACUGGUCCUGGGACAGUACAGCGGAGAUGCAGGUGACAGUCUGUCACACCACAGCGGCAAGAAUUUUUCUACGUAUGACAGGGACCUGGACAGUUACGAUGGAAACUGUGCCAGUAGUUACAAGGGCGGCUGGUGGUACGGUGCGUGCCACUCCUCCAACCUAAAUGGACUCUACUUGGCAGGAAACCACACGUCAUACGCAAACGGCGUAGACUGGAGCGCGUGGCGCGGCUACCACUACUCCGCUAAGACAAGCGUAAUGAAGAUUGGAAGAAAAGUGAAUUUUGUUCCUUAAACAGACUCUGUUGAAUUUGUUGCCACAUUAAAGGCGGCUCCACACCAUGCGAGUGCCUCGUACGAGAAUUAAAGUUUGUUUUGUUUAACGACACCACUAGAGCACAUUGAUUAAUUAAUCAUCGACUAUUGGAUAUCAAACAUUUGGUAAUUCUGACACGUAGUCAUUAGAGGAAGCCGGCUACAUUUUUCCAUUAGUAGCAAGGGAUCUUUUAUAUGCGCCAUCCCACAGGCAGGAUAGCAAAUACCACGGCCUUUGAUAUACCAGUUGUGUACUGGCUGGGGUGAGCAAUAACCUGAUGGGCCCACUGGAGGUAAUCGAUCCUGACCGCACAUCAAGCGAACGCUUCACCAUUGGGCCCCCCGUACGAGAAAUGUGACGGAAAUAGCCGACUGACAAGACAAACAUCGCAAUUUCAUCGGUGGUUACAAUAUCGGCUAUUCGUGCGGCUAUUCUCGUUUGAGGCAAUCGUCUUUAAAAAAAAGUUAAAAGUCUGUUUUGUUUAACGAUACCACUAGAGCACAUAGAUUUACUAAUUAUCGGCUAUUGCGUGUCAAAUAUUUGUCAAUUCUGACAUAGUCUUAGAAAGGGUUUAAGCUAGGCUUAAGCUUAGGGUUAGGGUUAAGGUUAGGCUUGAAGUUAGGGUUAAGAUUAGGCUUGGAGUUGUGGUUGGACAUGUGCAACAUUUCAAUCGAAUAUAAUGCACUCGCCCUUAAUUUAUUUAACAUUUUCAUUCAAUCAUUUAUAGUAUAUCGAAUUAAGGUUCAAACAUGCUGUUCUGGGCACACACUUAAGCUAUCUGGGUUUUCUAUCCAGUACAGUGAGUUAGUUGUUAGUGGUUAGUGAGAGAGAAGAUUGUGUAGUGGUCUUACACCUACCCAUUAAGUCGUUAAACUCGUUUAGGGUGGGAGCCGGUACCGGGCUGCGAACCCAGUACCUACACACCUUUAUGUCCGAUGGCUUAACCACAUCAGCAUCUAGGCCGGUAUAACCCACUUGUUAUGGU